AUGUCGACCACAGAAGAAAAGUCCACCGGCGACUAUCGCCAAUACCUUCCGGACCUGGGUAUUCCGCGUUUCACGACUAUGAAGACUCAGGAUGCGCACGAGUACGCUCAUGCAUUCAAGACGAAGCGCAUUCCUCCUUGGCUAUAUGCUCUAUUUGAGCAUUGGCGGGACUUGUACGAGGAACCAUAUCAGGGCAUUUCUACAAAUGGAACUAUCCGCCAGGGUCUUUUCUCCAUUCAAGAUGAAGGACUACCAGUCGAAGACAUCGUCGCCUCAGUUCAAGGAUUGACCAAACUCCUCAACAAAGAACAACGCAAAGCCCUCUCAUUCCACAUAGGCUCUCCAGAAUGGCGAACAUGGUCCAAUCCCGAAUUACUGCUCGUUCACAAAGGCAUCCGUCUAGACGAAGUCGAGGUUCCCGUCCGAGAUGCCAUCAUGAAAGUCCUCGAGACAACCCUCUCACCCGAAGGAUACGACAAAGCCACUAAAGCAAUGAGAAUCAACCAUUAUCUCGGCGAACUGGUCGAGUCUCCCAAAGCCAUGAAUGAGUUUUCGUACAACUUUGCCAUCUUCGGAAGACCGUCUACUACACGACCAUGGGGCUGGACAUUUUAUGGCCACCAUCUCUGUCUGAAUAUCUUCAUCUACAAGGGCCAGAUUGUCGCUAGCCCAUGGUUCACUGGUGCCGAGCCUAAUGAAAUUGACUCUGGCCCUUACAAGGGCACUCGCAUCCUGCAAGUUGAGGAGACUCUCGGUAUUCAACUCAUGCAAUCCUUACCAUCCGAGGUUCGGCAAAAGGCUCAAACAUAUAAGAAGAUGAACGACCCUGAGAUGCCUCUUGGUCGUACCAACAAAGACGACCAACGACACUUGUGCGGUGCAUACCGCAACAACCGACAAAUUCCAUACGAGGGCGUCCUCGUUUCGGACUUCACCUCCGCACAAAAGGAGCAUGUUUACGGUAUCCUAGAGCAAUACCUCCUUUACCUCCCCAAACGAUCCCGCCAACUCAAGAUUGAGCAAAUCAAGAAAUAUGAGACGGAGACAUACUUCUCAUGGAUCGGCGGCUUCGAGAAUAACGAUCCAUUCUACUACCGUCUACAGAGUCCCGUUAUCCUUGUAGAGUUUGAUCAUCAUUCAGGUGUGUUUUUGACGAAUGAAGAACCCAAGAAAUUCCAUAUUCAUACUUUGCUUCGUACGCCUAAUGCGGGUGACUAUGGAUAUGCGUUGAGACCGUUGAUUCCGCCUGUUGAGAGUACGGUUGCAAAGCAUAUCACUUGGUAG